GUGCCCAGAAUAGUGUCUGGCACAUAGUAGGCAUUCAAUAAAUAUUUGUUGAAUAAAUAAUUAAUGCAAGGCACUUUCAACAACAGGAAAAACUAGCCUGUCUUACAUCUGUUAGCUCACACUUCCUUUUUUAGAUGUGACUAUAAAAAGGAGCAAGAAAACUGAAAUGAAACUGACUCCCUGUUGGAAGACUGCCAUACGCAUCUGAAGAAGAUUGCACCCUGGAAGAAGAUGGCGUGUCACCACCUGUGGAUCUUACUCCUUAACCUACAAACCUAUAUGGAAGCAGCUGGAAGUGACACAGACAUCCUCAUGUUGAAUGGGAUUCUGGGGGAGUCAGUUACUUUCCCCUUAAAUAUCCAAGAAUCACAGGAGGUUACCAGCAUUGCUUGGAAUUCCAAAACAUCUGUUGCUUUUGUAGUACCAGGAAACUCAGGAGCAGAACCUACAGUUUCUAUAACCCACCAAAAUUACCAUGAACGAAUAAAUGUCUCAGGUCAGAACUACAACCUGGAGCUCAGAAACCUAAGGAUGGAAGAUUCAGGGAUCUACAAAGCUGACAUAAAUACAAAGACCCCUGGGAAGUUCACCACCACCACCAGGUGCUACAACCUUCAAGUCUACCGUCGGCUUGGGAAGCCAAAAAUUACUCAGAGUUUAAUGACAUCUGUGAACAACACCUGUAAUGUCACACUGACAUGCUCUAUGGAGAAAGAAGAAAAGAAUGUGACGUACACUUGGAGUCCCCUGGGGGAAGUGGGUAAUGUCGUUCAAAUCUUCCAGACCCCUGACAACCAAGAGCUGACUUACACGUGUACAGCCUGGAACCCUGUCAGCAACAAUUCUAACUCCAUCUCUGCCCAGCAGCUCUGUACAGACUUCUCAUUGGGCCUCCAUGCACGCCGCACUGGGCUGCUGAGUGGGCUGGUGGUGCUCGCUCUGUUGAUAAUCAUUCUAUCUUCAGUGCUUUUGUUCCUUUUAUGCAAGAGAAGACAAGGUUCCUACUUGAAGAUCUUCAGUAAGGACCCUGAUGCUGCCUCAAAGAGAACUACAUACGCAUACGUCACGGCUUCGAGAGACACCCAGAGAGCAGAGUCGAGAAUCUAUGAUGAAAUCCCCCCGUCCAAGGUGCUCCCCACCAAGGAGGAGCCAGUGAACACAAUUUAUUCCAUGGUGCACUGCUCUGAUAAGACGGAGAAACCCAGCACUCAGGACAGCAAACCUCCUGGGACUUCAAGCUAUGAAAUUGUGAUCUAGGCUCCCCGAUGGCGUCCUCCCUAUGGAAACUGAGCUACAACUGUAGAUACUGGCAGAUGCCCCAGACCCAGACUUUCUCUGCCAUAGUCUUGCCUGGAGAUUGCAAAUCACCAGAUCCCAACACAUAAGCAAAGAAGGAAGCACUCUGUUGCUGGGUAUAGCUUGUGCCUAGAUAGACAAAAUGGACACAUGCCCUUUCUGGAAUGGCUCCCUUCCAGAUGAAUGACAAGGCAGGUCCCCUGCCACAGUUCUUCCCAACCUUCUUCAUAUUGUAGCACAUGAAGAAAAUAAUAUUUUUAUGACACGAUGGGCAAACAGUCAAGAUUGCUCAUGUCUGAAGGCUGUAUAUGACUAGAGGAAAUGACCCUUCCCAGUAACCCCAUAUGUGGAAGAUCAAUAUUUUGCACACCUGUAAUAUGCCAGUGGCAUGCAACUUAGGAUUCUCUACUCAUGCUCAAUAUAAACUGUUGUGGCCAGCGCAACAAUGGUUCCUGUAAACGGACGGGUGACGUGGCAAUUAAGAAAGACAGACACAAGAGUCAAAUCAAAGAUAGGACCAGGGGACUCAAGACCCCCAUGGAUCAAGAGCCCUGAAUGCCUGGUCUGCAUCAUAUUUAUUAUGAUUCUCUAGCAGGAAAUAAUCUAAGAAUAGUUCUGAAGAUUACUGAAGCCUAGUAGCAAUCACCCUGCCCCCAACAGUCUAGAGUAGUCGUUAACAGAUAGUCAUCAUCCUGUCUCCUCCUGGCUUCAUUUUUCUGACUUGUGAAUAGGUCAGUUCUGGUCACAGAUAACCUUUUGACUUCCUUUUAGCAAAUGGCAGGGUUUAAGUGCCAGAGCAGUUUUCUGCUCGUUAGCUCAGUUUUCUGAGACUAACACUGUUUGCCUCCACGAAGCAUUGGUUUCUGUUUAACAGCCUUAACCUGUCACAAGGGAACUUUGUACAUUCCUUAUUCUUCAGGAGACAUCACGUUGUUCCGUAUUCCCAUAAUAUACGAGGAUCCCUGGUGCAUGGUCUCCUCCCCCAGGACACACAGCACCUCGGGCAGAUGCAGCCCCUCACCUAAGUGCAUGGCUUGGUGUGUAGAAUGAGGACUGCAUUUCAACCUCUGUCUUUCCCUUUGUCUGGAAACCUUUGUGCAGGGUACCACUGUCUGGACCAGCCCAAUCAUACGCAACUGUGUCUCAUGGAAAGCCAUCAGAGUUGUGGCUCUCAGCUAUGCAGACACACUCUCCAAAUGGAGUGUUGGAAAAUGCUCUUUCUAGAGGCACUAGACUGCUGGGGCAUUUUUUUUUUUCAUGCUCUACUUCAGAAACCUCAUAAGAUUUUCUUUCUGGCCAAGUUUCCCUUGUAUAUCACUCUGCGAUGUGCCAACUUGACUGGGCCAUGGGGUACCUAGAUAUUUGGUUAAACAUUAUUUCAGGUGAGAGUGUGAGAGUGUCUCUGGAUGAGAUGAACACUUGAAUUGGUAAACUGAGGAAAGCAGACUAAUUCUCCUCUCCAGGAUGGAGGGGCAUCACCAAAUCUAUUGAAAACCUGAAUAGAACAAAAAGGUGGAGUAGGGGAGAAUUCAUCCUCUCUCUCCGCCUCACUGUCUUUGAGAUGAGACAUCAGUCUUUUCCUGCCUUUAGACUUAGACUUGGACUUGGACUGGAAUUUGCACCCUCAGCUCUCCUGGUUCUUAGGCCUUUGGACUCCGACUGGAACUAUACCAUUGCCUCUCCAGCUUGCUGACUACAGAUCUCGGAACUUCUCAGUCUCCACAACCACAAGACUUAGUUCCUUUUUAUAUACAGCUGCUCCCUAUUGGUUCUGUUUCUCUGUAUAACCAGGCUAUUCCACACUUCAAGCAGGUUCAGCAAGAAGAGGAAGCCAUAUCCAGUACACUCAUUCUCCAAAAGAAAUUGCUUAGCUAUAUUUCUGGCACUUUAGGGGAAUUCAGCCAUCAAAACAAGAGACCUCGAAGGAAGUAGUCUCUCUCGAGGGGGAGCUUGCGAGAUGACAGUGUUGAUGAUGAAACCAGAUUCACCCCAGUUCCUGAGGCUCAGCCCAGGGGGCCCUAGAGUUCAAGCUGAGUUUAGUGACCCUCCCCUUCUCCCUGCCAGCACUUAGGAGGAAUCACCCAUGGCUGAGCAGAACAUUUAAGUAAGCAUUUGAGAAACUGUUUCUCUUAUGUGUUAGCAAACAUAACCAGCUAAAUCCUAAACCCUCAUGACCAAUCCCAGGCUGGACAGCAGAAAUAAACUGUCUUUAGGCAGAAUGAAGGUUUAGUCCCAGUUAAUGGAUCCAUAGAACUAUCUAGCCCCGACUGUCAUUAGCACUGUGUUGGAGGCUGCAACGUCUCCAAAGUAUAAGAUGAACAUAAUGUCUGCCCGGGUCUAAUUACAGCAUAGACACUACAGUUAAAUCCUGAAUUCCAUGCUGCAAGGAGUGGCACAAGCUAGCACAGAGAAGACCUUAUGGAGGAGGUGCAGCUGAAGCUGGGCCUUAAAGAGUGGGUGGGAUUUAGUAGAGAAUGAAGAAGACAGAGGGCAUCCAAGUGAGGAAAGCAUAAAAGAGAGCAAAGGCCUGGAUCUGUGUGGUGUGUUCUGGGCACCUCCUCAAUACACCUAUGCAUGGCAGAGUGCCUCAGCUGGAACGUGUGCCCCCAUCCCCUGUCCAUCUACACACCCUUCAAUACUCAGCUCAAAUGUCACCUUCUCUAUGAAGCUUCUCCUGGUAUCACUAGUCAAAUUGAUCAUGGCUCUUUUUGCACUUCUUCCUUACCCCUUUGGCCCUUCUAUCACUAAAGCUCAUUUCAUUCUACCUUACAGUGUAGAGAAUUAUUUGCUUCCUUCCACAUUGUCCAUUACUUAAAGGGCAGGUCCAUGACUUCAUGGUCAUGAAGUGAUCAUGAGAGAUGAUAACUUUCAUCUCUGCAUCAAACACUAGCCAAUAUGGUGCCUUGUACUCUGCUGGUGAGCUACAAAUGCUGUUGAAUGGAAUUGAAAGUGACCAGCCAGCUUGAAAAGAAGGUACAUGUUGGAAGCAUCGAUGGAUAGAAGCCAAUAAAAAUAGUGGAAUCAAAUUAUGGCAAGCAUUAAAUAUCAAGAUGCAGACAUCAGAGGCCAUUUCAAGUAUAAGAGCACUUGGGAGGGCGUUAGACCAACUAUGAUGUCAACUGAAGCAAGCAGCCUGGUGUGAGGAGGAGAAAGGCAGUCGCCCUAGGGAGGGACAUGAAGGAAGAAAUAAAGAGAUUUGGUCCUAAAGGAUGGAGAAGUUCCAGAGUCACAAUGAACAAGCUGAGUUUCUCCUAAAACUAAAGCAUUCCUCACCUUUACAUGCAUUGAGGGAUCACUCCUGAACAUCUGCAUUCUUGAAUCUGCUGUCCCUGCCUCUCUCUGCUGUGCUUACUCAGUCAAGUCCCUAGUGUCCGAAUGCCCCAGUGGGAAGUGCAGGGAGAAGGAAGAAGGAGGAAGGAAGGGAGGGAAGGAAGAAAGAAGGAAGAAGACCCA